AUGUCUGUUUUCUUCAAGGACAUAUCACCGGGCAACCCCGUGCGGACCGGAGAUGUGGAAAAGCUCCUCGAACCCUUGGGAUUGACCGUAAGCCCAGACGAAUCCGCCGAUUACACUCGCCUGCUAGCGGCGGUACACGACUGCGCAGAGCGCGUGUCAAACCUCCCAGACUACCAGCCUGUACCCGAUACUGAGCGAUUUCGCCGUCACGAUAUACACCUUCCGACCGAGGAUGAACAAGCAUAUGGCCAUGCUUGGGCUCAUCGCUUCAUCAUCCGAGGAGAUGCACUUGCUACGUCAAAUAUGAAAGGAAAGCAAGUCUGUGUCAAAGAUUGCAUCGCCGUAGCCAAUGUUCCACAGUUCUUUGGCAGUGAUGCAUUUCCUGCCUGGACGCCAGCAGUGGACGCAACAGUCGUGACGAGAGUCCUUGAGGCGGGCGCUGACAUUGUCGGCACGGCUACAUGUGAGAACUUUUGCAAUUCGACGUCCUCAUUUACUAGUGCCCAAGGAACUGUCGACAAUCCCCAUAAAGCUGGCUACUCUGCUGGGGGGAGCACCUCGGGCGGCGCCGCUCUCGUUGCUGGCGGACUGGUAGAUGUCGCCAUUGGAACUGACCAGGGCGGAAGUAUUCGGGUGCCAGCAUCACUCUGCGGAUGCGUUGGCUUCAAACCGACGCACGGGCUCGUUCCGUACACUGGAAUCACCAGCGGUGAUCAGAUUGAUGAUCACGCAGGCCCUAUUGCGAGGUCCGUUGACGAGAUUGCCGCCUGUCUUGACACCAUUGCCGGGUAUGAUGGGGUCGACGACAGGUCCCUCGCCGCACCUCCACCUGGAUCCCUCACCUACAAGAAGUCAUUGAAGAGCUUCGGCUCGAGACUCGACGGCGUUAGAGUUGCCGUUCUGAAAGAGGGCUAUGACAACGACUUAAUGCAGCCCGGCGUCAGAAGAUCGUUCCUCGAGGCCGUCAAGCGGAUCGAGACACUCGGUGGUGCUGUGAAAGAAGUCAGCAUUCCGCUACAUAAAGAGGGACCGUCGAUAUGGACCAUUCAACAGCGCAUAUCUGGAACAUCUGGCAUUCUGGGCCACGCCAAUGGCCGCCGGGGCCUGUAUCUGACGGAGUUCGAGCACGCUCGCCUACCAUGGACCGCGCAAAACUUUGACAAGCUCUUUCCUUCGACCAAAAAUACUGUCAUCAAUGGGCUGUAUCUCACACACGAGUUUCCGGGACUCUACGCCAAGACCGUCAAUAUUGGAAGGAGAAUUGCAGACGCUUACGAGACGACUUUCAAGGAAUACGAUGUGAUCAUCAUGCCAACGACGCCGUUUGUGGCGCCGCGACAUGGCGACAAAGGGGCUGUGUUGCAGUCAUUCGAACCCAGCAUGGGCAUGACUGUCAACACGGCCGUGUUUAAUGUCACGGGACACCCAGCUCUAUCACUUCCGAUAGGGUGGUCUGAGGCAGUGGAUGAUGACCAAACUAUGCUACCCGUUGGGAUGCAGGUUGUCGGUGGUCUGUGGCAGGAGACCCAGAUUUUGAGAGUAGCCAAGGCUGUUGAACAGAGCUUUGACUGGAAGGUUCCUUACUCACUCGCUUAA